AUGAACGCUGAGCCGGAUGAGUAUCACAGUACUGGUGGGUACUUGACAGUGACUGAAUCACCAUAUCGUACUCCGGUGGCCACAGCGUUUUUGGAAGCUGGUGUGGAAAUGGGCUACGAGAACCGCGAUGUGAACUCGGAGAGACAAACCGGCUUUGUGAUUCCUCAAGGAACGAUCCGUCGAGGAUCACGAUGCAGUGCGGCAAAAGCUUUCCUUCGACCAGCUCGAUUACGGCCAAAUUUGCACGUUACCAUGCGAUCAUUCGUCCACAAGCACUCCGCUGGAAGACAAAACGCGGUGAUUGCGUGCGAGCAUCCAGAGAAGCAACAGCAGCAGCAGCAGCAGAAUCGCGAACAGCUCUUACAUCCGGCUGCUGCUGCUGCGGCUGAUGUGCUGAUCAACGAGAACAAGCGCGCGUGGGCAGUCAAGUACGAGAAGUACGACGAGAUCCACGUGGUCCGAGCACGGAAGGAAAUCAUUUUGUCCGGCGGCGCUUUGAUGAGUCCGCACGUGCUCAUGCAUUCCGGAGUCGGGGAGUGCAGCCACCUGCAGGAGUUUGGCAUUUACUGUCAUCAAAACCUGAAAGUGGGAUACAACCUUCAGGAUCACAUCGGCAUCGGUGGAUUAACGUUCGUUAUCAAGAAACCUGUUGGAAUCAUCCAAUCUCGGGUGGAAAAUGUGCCAACCAUCAUGAAAUAUGCCUUAUUUGGAAAA